CCCACUCCGCCCCCCCACCUGACGACUUCCGCUUGGUUGGACGGUGGAAGAAGAGUGCGAGGACUGGGAGGAGGAUACCUAAAGCCCUCGGCCCUAGAUAGCGCAAUGCGAUCGGUUAGCUACGUGCAGCGAGUAACCCUGGAGUUCAGCGGAAGCCUCUUUCCGCACGCGAUUUGUCUCGGCGACGUCGACAACGAUGCGUUGAAUGAGCUGGUGGUGGGAGACACUGGUGGGAAGCUGUCAGUAUACAAGAAUGAUGACACCCGGCCAUGGAUCACCUGUUCCUGCCAGGGAAUGCUUACUUGUGUUGGGGUAGGCGACAUAUGUAACAAGGGAAAGAACUUGGUUGUGGCAGUAAGUGCUGAGGGCUGGUUUCACCUGUUUGACCUGAUGCCUGCCAAGACUCCAGAUACCUCUGGGUACCAUGAAGCACCAGCGGGCGAGGAGCAUCGACCAGUGUUCAAGCAGCACAUCCCCGCCAACACCAAAGUCAUGCUGAUCAGUGAUAUUGAUGGGGAUGGGCGUUGUGAGUUGGUGGUAGGCUACACAGACCGUGUGGUGAGGGCAUUCCGGUGGGAGGAUGCCAGUGAUGGCAUGGAACAUGUGACUGGACAGCUGAUUUCACUUAAGAAAUGGCUACUGGAGGGACAGGUAGACAAUCUGUCAGUGACUCUGGGGCCUGAGGGAACCCCUGAACUGAUGGUAUCCCAGCCAGGCUGUGCUUAUGCCAUUCUACUGUGUACCUGGAACAAGGGCCCCCUCCCUGUCCCUGAGGAGAUUAACAGAGAGACCACCACUAUCCGGGAUGUUAUCCUGCACCAGACGUCUGGCCGUAUCCACAAUAAGAAUGUCUCCACCCACCUCAUUGGCAACAUUAGACAUGGCCGAAGCAGUGAGAAUAGUGGCUCAAGUCUCUUUGCUCUCUGCACCCUUGAUGGAACUCUAAAACUCAUGGAGGGAGCAGACAAGCUGCUGUGGUCAGUUCAGGUGGAUCAUCAACUUUUCGCCCUAGAAAAACUGGACGUUACAGGCAAUGGAAGUGAGGAGGUAGUGGCAUGUGCCUGGGAUGGACAGACAUACAUCAUUGAUCACAACCGAACUGUGGCUCGUUUCCAGGUAGAUGAGAAUGUCCGUGCCUUUUGUGCAGGCCUGUAUGCCUGCAAAGGAGGUCAAAACAGUCCCUGCUUAGUAUAUGUGACCUUCAACCAGAAAAUUUACAUAUAUUGGGAUGUGCUGCUUGAGCGGAUGGAGUCCACCAAUCUGGUGAAAGUACUGGAGGCUGAGCCAGAGUACCGGGGCCUGCUACAGGAUUUGGAUGUGGAUCCUGAUGACCUCACUGCUGUCCGAGCAUUGAUCCAUCAGACACUUUACUAUCCAGAUAAUUCUUCAAGCAACCCAGAUCCUUCUUAACUGGAAGUGCUUUCCCAGGGGAUGAGGGACUUUCUUUCCCAGUGUGAAAAUCACCAGAAUAGAGUGAUGCAGAAACUUAGUGGUAACAGCACCACCCUGAUAGCCUUCCCUUACUUCCUCACCAUCAGUUCGACUGCUUAUAUUUCUCGGGGCAGAGGGGUGGGGGAGUGGGGUGAUACAAUCAGCUGUAGUCCCUUUUGUUUUAUGUUUCUUGCUCCAUUUACCCUUUUGGGGUCAAGGGAGAAAGAAUACUCAGGUGACCCACCCCAUUUAGAAUAUUACUUUUUAUGUAGUGAAUCUGGACACAUUAUCAUUAAUGGUAAUUAGUGGGAGUGCAUCCUCUUUCUUCUUGCACUCUUUCAAAGAGUGAGAUGUACUUUAUUUACAUUCAUCUUUAGAGCAUCUAUGACACUUUUCUCCCCAGGUUAUCAAGAAAGAGACUUGGAGCAGAGAAGGAAAGAGACAGCAUAUUUGUGGCAGAAAGUUGAGCUGAAUACAGAAAAAAUAAUUUGACCUGACUCCUUCCUAGAAGAGCUGUGUCCAUAGGAUCAUAGAGGUGAAAGGGACCUCAGAGACUAUCUAGUGCUACUCUCUCAUUUUACAAAUGAGGAAACUGAGGUCCAGGGAGUUUUUAAGUGACUUGCCCUAAGUCAUAAUAUUGUGAAAGUUUUUUUCUGGGUCAAAGACUUCCCCUCCCCCCCUCAACUCUUAGAAGGGCCAUUCACCUGGAAAUCACCAUUUCAAACUUGAUGGUAGCCUUUUGGUGUUCAUUGUGUGGGAGUCAAUUUGAAGCAUUUUUUUUUUUUGGCCUGAUUUGAUCUGUCUGCUUUCUUGAUUGUCCUUUUGGAUUAUACUGUCCCCAUUAAUCAGCCCUAUUUAUAUGAGUCAGAUGGAAUCCAAGUUCCAUUCUUUCUUCUUCUCCCUGAGGAGAGACAAUAAUAAUAAUAACAAUAGUGUCAUCAUUUAUGUAGUGCUUUAAGGUUUGCACAGUGUUUCAUAUGCAUUACUUUAAUUGUUGAGUUUCCUCUACCAAGGAUGGGGUUAAUGGUAAGAGGAAGCCAGAAAGGACUUAGCAUUAGAGAAGCAGUGUUUAUUCAAAUAAAGAGUCAUUUGGGCUGGGACCUGCUGGAGAUUUGCUAGAAGCAGACCUAGGAAAAGGAACAAGGAAGGACGAUGAAAGUAGCAGACUUAAGAAAAUUAGGUUGAGGGGAAUGACAGAAACUUGUUGAGACCUAGGAUAGGGCAAGAUUAUAAUUUAAUGAGCUAUUGUCUUUUGUUUUAGAGGGAUUGAUGGAAAGGGAUUGAGAAAGGGGGUAUCCCUCCCUAUUCUAAUCCACUUCAACAAGGCAAGAGAAUAGACAGGGGGAAAUGGUUAUCCUCAGAACCAAGAAGACCCAGUUUCUACCUAAUCUAGCCCAUAGGCCAGUGCCAUAUCUUUCCCCUCCCUAUGAGUCAUAUUUUGGGAGAAGGGAGACAACCAGCCAGAAAAGCACUGGGGCCCAACCUUUUGGCAUCCAUAUCUCUCUCCUAAAAAUGAAAACAAGGGAAAUUCUUUCCUCUUUGGCACAGCACCCAGCUGAGGGAAGCUACUAGGAUUCAGGCUAGGUGAACUCCAAAUUUAUGGAGGUAGAAAUGGAGGAUGGAAAAGAUAAAGAGGCCAUAGCAAUUAGAAGGGGCUCCAGAGCUAAAGCUAACGACCUCUACUCCCAUCUCUCAUGCUUCAGGAGAAAAAUAUUCCCUAUAGGGUAUGACCAUGCAAUCACUGAACUGUUCAUACUCUUUGAUCUAGUGAUCCCACUACUAGGCAUACACACACACACACACACACACACACACACACACAC